UGGGGCUGAUGCUUGCCCCCACUGCUGAGAAUGGCACUGAGGCCCAGCCAGGCACCGGGACAAAGGUUAACCCGGGACACUCCUGCACAGCGAUCCUGAUGUCUGUUCUGAGCCGUGCACUCAGAGGUCUGAUAACCGGCUCGGCAGCAUGGCGUCCGCCGAGCCCCUGACGGCGCUGUCCCGCUGGUACCUGUAUGCCAUCCACGGCUACUUCUGCGAGGUGAUGUUCACGGCGGCCUGGGAGUUCGUGCUGAACUUUAACUGGAAGUUCCCGGGGGUCACGAGCGUGUGGGCGCUCUUCAUCUACGGCACCUCCAUCCUCAUCGUGGAGCGCAUGUACCUGCGCCUGCGGGGCCGCUGCCCGCUGCUUUUGCGCUGCCUCAUCUACACGCUCUGGACCUACCUAUGGGAGUUCACCACCGGCCUCAUCCUGCGCCAGUUCAAUGCCUGCCCCUGGGACUAUUCCCAGUUCGACUUUGACUUCAUGGGCCUCAUCACCCUGGAGUACGCCGUGCCCUGGUUCUGCGGGUCCCUCAUCAUGGAGAAGUUCAUCAUCCGCAACACCCUCCGCCUCCGCUUUGACAAGGACGCCGAGCCCGGGGAGCCCAGUGGCCGCCUGGCCCUGGCCAACGGCCACGUCAAGACAGACUGAAUGGGGCUGGUGGGUGGGGCCCGGGGCUCUCUCACGGACCCGGUGGACACAGGUACCAAGCUGGUGGGGUUACAUCUUCUGAACAGCACAAGCCCUGGCCGGGACCGGCCUCAGCCCCCUAGGGCGCACACAUACGCGACGCCCCCCUCACCCCAGCACCCUCCGCUGGGGGUGGGGCCGGGGGCGGGGCCAGGCGUGGGGGGCGGGGGUGCAGGUAGCGGAGGGACUCUGGGAAGGGUCUGUGGAUCUCUGCUGGCGGUCGGAGGCCUGUGGCUAAGCAGCGGCUGGACGCCCCCCCCCUCCCCCCGGGUGAUUUUGGAAGCAGCAGGCCCUGUCCUGGCUAAGGGGCUCUGAGAACAGGGCAGAAGGUGGGAGGCGAGGCCUGAGGAGGCUUUGGGCUGCUGCGUGGCUUCCUCCCUCUCAGCUGGUUUAGGUGGGCUUUGGCUGGUUCCAUUAGGCAAUAUUCAGGUGCUUGCUUGCAACCAAUACCUCCCCGGGGGCCUGCUGAGCGGCAGCCUAAGGAGAGACUGGGCAGCCGGGAGGCUGCUUGGCGGCAGUGCUGGCGUGCAAGGGCUGGAGGCCUUCCCCUGGCUCCUCUCCCCUCCCCCAGGGCUCUGCCGCUCCCUUGGCCUUCAGGGGGCCCCCCGGUGCUGGAUUCCCACCAACCUUGGGCUUUUGGAGGUUUCAAUCCCUGUGUGUUCGGUGGCGUUUCCCCCUUUUCUCUCUUAUUUUCAAGGCCUUUACCACUAGCAGCCCCUUUAUCCAUGUCAGUCACCACACCCGCCCCCUUCCCCAACUCCCUGGCCAACACAGCAGCUGCCAGAGAUGGACCCUGAGACGGACCCUGCCCACCCUCUUGCGGCCUUUCCCCCACUCUGUCUGCUGCCUGAUGACUGGGAAGUCCCCCUUUCACACCUCCCCACCUGUCUGGCGGGCUGUGGCAGUGCCCCCUCCCCAUAGUGGCCCAGCUGAAAUGGGAUGAUACCCUCCCCAACACAGUCAGGCCAGGAUGCACCCCCUCAGAUCCACAGUGGGGACCUAGAGACAAAUCAGUUUAGUGGAGUUGCGGGGGCAAGGGGAGAAAGCAUUCGGUUUCUUUUCAAGCCAGUCAGAGUCAAUAGAGCUUUCUAGGGGAUGGAGGGGCCGGCAUCCAGUGUUGGAGACCCAUGGAGGAUGAGUGAGAGAGAAAAAGAAAACAGCCUUUCAGCUUUGGGAGGGUCUUUGGAGCAUGCUUAGUGGGAAGGGAUCCGCUGGUCCUGCCAUAGCCCCAGGCCCUGCAGCAAAACCCCCUCAGGGCUACCCCCCAUCCCACCCCUCCCAAGCAAGGCUCACCCUUUGAGCUUACUCCUUAAACAGUAUUGACCCUGCCGUGCUCGCGGGCCUUGUCAUCUCGGUUGCCCCGCCUCCUCUGUGAUGGGUCCCUUGCUGGCAGUGGACAGGUGAAAUCCUCACUCCAGCCCACUUCUGGCUCUGCCCCCACUCCUCAGAAGGCAGCCUUUGCCAUGGUACAUGGUCUCAUCUUGACCCCACUAGGACUCGUAGAUAGAAAUUAGCCUUUCCCGUUUUAUAGAUCAUUAAAAAAUGGUAAUACCACCUGUGGAGAGAAGCUCCUCUUCCUUGCUCUGCUGCUCCACCUAGACUGUGCAGAUAGUACCAGCCAGGAUGUGAGCCAGGGCUGAUGGGCUGGGGAUGGGCAGGAUUGGGAGAAAGGCUAGGAGACUCUGCCUUUGACAGGGUUGUUUUGUGCAGUUGACCCUGUCCAGGACAGGAUGAAGGGCAUUUCCCAGCCUCUGUGUCCUGGCCAGGCUCCUCAAAUCCAGGCAUGAACUACAUUCUGCAGGGGCCAGACCUACCUUCGAUUUUACUGUGGCCCCAAUUCCAGGGCUUUGGGGCAUCCAGGGAUUCGGGUUUCCAUCUACAGGUGGAAGGGAUUCCAGAGGAAAAGUAUUGUCUGGAUUCUCUGUCCCCUCUGGGAAAUUAUUUCCUUGGCCCUGUCCUCAAACUCUGUGAUAUCUGUUUUCUGGACCCCAACACCCUUCCAGGCCCCUCAUGUGGGCCCCUAGACGACACCACUCACCUUUGACCUCUCCUCCCAUGACCGAAUCUGUGGUCAGCUUGUUGAUGUCUGCCAGCAUAGGGCCUCCAUGAUUCUCAGCCAGAGCAAGCCCCCCUAUGGCCCAUCAGGUCUGGCCACUCCAGAUGUUGCCCCAUGGGCAUUCCCUGGCACCAUCUUUUCUCUGGGCCCUACAGACUCCCAAGGACGGGAGUUCCUGCAGUGAACCUGCCUGCCUGAUACAUGCAGAGUGCUGUUUUUCUGCUUCAUCCAGGUGCCCCAUGGCUCUUUCUGUCCCUCAUAGGGCCCAGAGUCCCCAGCAAAGGGAGGCAACAAUCCAGGGCUUGAGCUCAGGGUCUGCAGGCUCAGAAUUCACCAGGGGUAGCCCAGACUUCAACACUUGCUUGUUUGGGUAUCUUCAGGGCCCUCAUCCCUUAGUGCCCGGGCACCCUAGCUCUGCCAAGCCUUGGGGGUGCUGGCAGGAAGAGUCUGCUGACUGUGAACCUCUGGUGUCCUGGAUCUCUCUCCACUGGACAUGGCAGCAUCUCUGAGUCACUUAUGGAUGGCCAUAUGCUGCCCUGCAUGGUUGAACCGCUUCUGAGGUCUGCUAGGCAUCCUGUCCCUUGUGCCCUGUCCCCUCUGUUGCCAGUGAGUCACAAUGGCCUGUGCUUAUCUACAGCAAUAAUACAUAGGGAGUGCCCAUGAAAUCCUCUUGUCCUAGUCCCUCACUCUGUGCAUGGGUCUUGGGGAGGCAGUGCUGAGUGGGUCAGUUCCUGAGAACCUGCAUUUAGGAAGCUCUGGGCCGUGCAGACAUCAUCAUGGGGAGGGCAGAAAGGAGAGAUGCCCGGCCCCCGAGCUAUGGCUAAGGCAGGGAGGGUACCUUCCACCCUGACGCCACCCCAGACCCGGAGGAGCUGCAGGUCCCGGCACUCCCACUUCGGAGUGGGCGGGACUGUCUCCCAACUGCCGCAGCUCUUCAGGACACGUGACUGGUUUGUGCGCCCAUCGCCUGCUCUGUCUCCAUCGGUCUCUUUGUCUCUUCCUUUUCACAUUCGUGCACAUCAAAUAUACUGGUGUUUGUGUUCCAGGA